AGUCUUCCUCGGACUUUCCCUCCCGUCGCAUAACCCCUGAUUUCCUCCUCGCCCGCACUGCUUUUGUCCGAUCGGUGUGUUGUAGUCCUUCACUAGGAUUAUCCUGCAUUCCUGCAGUCAUGUUGUUAGCCCAGAGGCUUUGUGUUUUCCUGUUAAUCUGUGUCGCUGGGACCUUCGCCUCCUCCGCUAACAAGUUUACUGCCGCCACUGUGUACUGGGACGCCCAACACAAGAUUCCUUUGCUGAAGGAGGGGACACUGGAGGUAGAGGGGGAUGCAUAUGGAUACCUGAAUGAUUCCCUGUCCAGUACAGGAUGGGGUGUCCUAGAGAUCCGUGCCGGGUACGGAAAGACCUCAGUGAGCGAUGAGGUUACUUUCUUCCUGGCCGGCUACCUUGAAGGUUUCCUCACUGCCCAGCAGAUGAUGGACCACUACACCAACAUGUAUCCACAGCUGAUCAAAGACCCAAAGAUCCUCGAUCCCGUUCAGAGUUUCAUGAAGAAGCAGGACUCGUGGGUGAGAGAGCAGGUGAAACUGAACAAGAGCUCCGAUCCGUUCUGGAAACAUACAGGUUUCAUCGUGGCCCAGAUGGACGGACUGCAAGCAGGAGUGGCAGCUUGGGCUAAGAAACAAGGCAAACCGCCGAUGUCACUGUUUGACAUCCAGUUCCUGAACGCGGUGGGAGACCUGCUGGAUCUGAUCCCAGCCCUGGUCCCCAGCUCCAACCCUCCUCCCAGAGACUUCAAACGUCCAGGGAUGGGGCACUGCUCUGCACUCAUAAAGAUGCUGCCAGGCUUCGAGAACCUCUUGUUUGCCCAUUCCAGCUGGUACACGUACGCCGCCACCAUGAGGAUCUACAAACACUGGGACUUUCACAUUGCUGAGUCUCACGCAGCCACCGGGAAACUGUCCUUCAGCAGCUACCCUGGUUUCCUGGUGUCGCUGGAUGACUUCUACCUCCUGGGCAGCGGUCUGAUGAUGACCCAGACCACCAACAACGUUUUUAACUCAUCCCUUUUUGACCUGAUCACCCCAAAGAGUCUGCUGGCGUGGCAGAGGGUCAGGCUGGCUAACAGUUUGGCUCAUACCGGAGAAGAGUGGGCCAAAACCUUCUCCAUGUACAACUCUGGGACCUACAACAACCAGUACAUGGUUCUGGACAGGAGCAAAGUGAAGCUGGGAGUCAGCAUCGAUGACGGCGCUCUGACUGUGGUGGAGCAGAUCCCCGGGUUGGUGGAGUAUUCAGACCAGACUCAAGCACUACGUAGAGGCUACUGGCCGUCCUACAACAUUCCCUUUCACCAAAAGAUCUACAUGCUGAGCGGCUACGUAGACAUGUGGCAUGAGUACGGAGACGACUUCUCCUACGAUCUCUGUCCCAGAGCCAAGAUCUUCCGCCGGGACCAAGCCGGAGUCCAGGACCUGGACUCCUUGAAGCACAUCAUGAGGCUCAACGACUACAAGAAGGACCCGUACUCUAAGGGCGACCCCUGCAAGACCAUCUGCUGCCGUAACGACCUGAGAGCAGAGAAGCCCUCACCAGGAGGCUGCUACGACACUAAGGUGACAGAUUUCCACAUGGCCGGGGACUUCCGUGCGGAGGCCGUGAACGGGCCGACGACGCAGGGCGGACUCCCCCCGUUCUCCUGGACUAAGUUCGGCAGCAUGUCUCACCAGGGCCUUCCGCCGUACUACAACUUCACCUUCGUCCAGAUGGAGCCGCGCCUCUUCAACCCAUGAGGCGUUUGUUUGCAAAACAACAAUCUGACGCUCCUUUUAGAAGAUGAUUUUUUUUUUUUCCGUCCCAGAAAGAAAUACUGUGCUUUUAUAGCUUUUAAAGGAAGGUUGUUCUGGUGUCUCUCCGCUGGGAACUGAUUCUGCCGGUGUAAAGAUUUGCCAAUCAGAUCGUUCGGGGGCGGGGCUUCACGCGGUGAUGGACAGAAGAGGAAGAGAGAAGCUGGUUUAUUAAAUAAAAAAGGCUGCCGCCUGAGAAGCUCGCUGUUCAGAGGACAAACAUUUGAGACAGAGAGAGUUUCUUAAUCAUGUUCAUGCUUCGUGUUUUGUAGCUGUGAUUGGUUGGGGGAUGUCCCACUUGCAUGCAGACGUAUCGGUUCAGAUUCAACUGAUAACAUUUUCUUUAUGCUACAUCACUCAGUGCCUUCUUUUUUAGAUUUCUACAUUUGCAUUGGACAAAUAAAGCAAACCGCAUUUUUAGUCUGUUACUCAGGGUUACAGGCAUGUGCUCCUAUUUGUGCCUUAAACACAUCAAAAUAAAAUCUUUUAAAAAAAAUUUAAAAUGUUUUUUAAUGCAAACACUAUCAUUUUUAAUGUCUGAUUUGAUUUGAUUUGAGUGAAACAGUCUGUGCAGAGGCUUCCUCAGGGUUGAUUCUCUCUGGUGAUUUAUGUGUCUUGUCCUGUAAAAUGAAAAUAUCUCAGGUAGGGAUGUCCGAUAUUAUCGGCUAACCGAUAAUAUCGGUUAUCGAUAUGCUGCUGCUGCUUGUGGGGUCAUUUACCGGCACGCGAUUGAUGACCUUAUCAAACUGCACUCGGAGCCAAAACAACAACAGAGUGUAGCUAGUGUGGCUAACACGUUGCUUUCUAUCUAAAAUUUGUCUGGGCAAAAA